AUGGCCGACAAGCUACGCACCUUGCAACAACUUGAGUCGCUCCAGGCGAAAUAUGUCGGAACUGGCCAUGCAGACACCACUCGGUAUGAGUGGUCCCAGAACAUCGUCCGCGACUCCCUUGCCUCUUAUGUCGGCCAUCCUCCUCUUCUCUCGUAUAUGGCAUUGGGGCUCGGUGAAAACAGUGAGAUUGUCAGAGGGCAGAUGAUCGAGAAAAUGAUCAGGGCGAGUGGUCCACCGCCACAGAGGGAGGAGGAUUGA